AUGGUGGACUUGUUUCUUGAUCGGGUCCUGGUGAAGAACAACAGGGACCAGAGCGAGCUGGACACUGAACAUGAGAUCACCGUUCGCCUGCAGAACCGGAUCCUGAUGCUCUUCUUUGCUUCUGCUGCAUGCGACAGAUGUCAGGAGUUUGCUCCCAAACUCGGCGACUUCUUUACACGCUUGACAGAUGAGUUCUAUGUGGACCGUUCUGCCCAGCUGGUCCUCCUAUACAUCAGUUUGGACAAGUCCGAGGGAUAUCAAAACGACUUCCUCAAAGCGCUACCCAAAAAGUGCCUGUUCCUCGCCUACGAGGACCCCUACAGGAGGCAGCUGCAGGAUAUGUUUGUCGUCAAGGAGCUUCCCACUGUGGUGGUCCUGCGUCCUGACUGCUCUGUCCUCAUCCCGAAUGCUGUGGAUGAGAUCCUCUGCCUCGGUCCAGGCUGCUACCGCAACUGGCAAGAAGCGGCAGAGCUCAUCGACAGGAACUUCAUGAUCACUGAGGACGUUCAGGGCAAGUCCAUGCGCAGCUUCACUGACCCCCUGAGAAGACUCAAGUACAAGGUGGAGGAUGAGAAGAAAAGGAACAAAAAAAGAUGCUCGGAUGCAGGUGGCGAUGAUGCAGAGGCAGAUGGGAAAGGAGUCGGGUCGCCAUGGUGA